UUUGGGCAUUGGUCCCUGAUUCCCAGUACUCACUGUCGUCAAUAUGUCACAUGGCGUACAUGGCUUACGUGUCGUCUAUAUCUCUUCUUCAUACGGGCUUUCAACCGGUGAAGGGUUCUCUAACGUCUGUCCGACCAUGGCUCAGAGAUGUGGUCCAUAUUGAGAUGGAAGCGUUUGAGAUGGGGGUUUCAUGCAUUCCACUUUUGCAUGCCCGAGACACUCACAAUUAUAACAAAAAUCACUCAAAUGCUCAUAUUUCAGAUCAAUCUCUGAUCUGGUAA